AUGAGAGAAACAAAGGCUACUAUCGCUGUCCUAUUAGCGUUAUUCUCUAUUUUCCUAAUUGGCACUUAUUUGCGACUUUAUGGUCCAACAUCAACAUCAGUGCAAUUAAAUACAUCUGUUGAUGCAAAUACCAAUCCAUUCAAUACAUGGUGGAAAAUUUACAGAAAGUCUGAAGAUUUUGGAAAUGUUUUUAAAUGGGAUCAUUACCUUGAUAUAUAUCACAGACAUUUUGCGAGGUUCAGAAACAAGGAGUUGACUCUGCUUGAGAUCGGAGUGAGAAACGGCGGCUCUUUGAAGAUGUGGCGAGACUACUUCGGUCCGGGUGUACAAAUCUAUGGCCUAGACAUUGAUGCCAAAGCAAAACGAUUCGAAAAUAAACUAGAGAGAGUGAAGAUCAUAAUUGGAGAUCAGGGAAAUGCAACAUUUUGGACUGAAGCACUGAAAACAUUGCCAAAGUUUGACAUUGUUAUUGAUGAUGGUGGGCACACAAUGAAUCAGUUAAAGGUAACGUUUGAUCAUCUAUAUGACCACGUGAAACCCGAUGGUGGCAUUUAUUUUGUGGAAGAUCUCCAUACCGCUUAUUGGUCAGGAUUUGAUGGAGGAUACAAAAGGUCAGGAACUUUCAUUGAAUACACUAAAGAUCUUAUUGACCAGCUAAAUGCAUAUCAUAGCAAAGAUACGAAAUUGGCUGUUACUAAUUUUACAAGAUGCACACAAAGUAUGCAUAUGUACGACAGUAUAGUUGUGUUUGAGAAGUCAUCACAUCCUAAAUAUCACUCAAUAUUGUCACAGUAAACCACAGAUAAAGCGAGAAAUUAAAGCAAAAUGAUUGCAAUUAUUGAAAAGAAACAGUCUUGUACAUGAAUGCUGAAAAUGUAACAUUUUAUUGAAAACACAUUGGGU